AUGGCUGCGCCCAGCAAACCACACCAUUUCCGGUGAAGGAAGGACUGUCCUGGUUCCGCGGUCCCCUCGGUCAUGGCGCUCCGGGCGCGCCUCUGGGAAUUGCUGCCCGUUUGCAGGAGCCCCGGACAGGGGGCGGCGCUGGCCUCCAGUUCCAGGCUGGCCGCUAACCCUGCAGCGGACCCUCAGGAAAACGGAGCCGUGGCCCCUGAAUUUACCAACCGAAACCCUCGGAACCUGGAGCUCUUAGCUGUGGCCCGGAAGGAACGGGGCUGGGGGACCGUGUGGCCCUCCCGUGAAUUCUGGCACAGGCUACAGAUUAUAAAGACUCAGCAUCAUGUAGAAGCAUUCGUUGAGCACUGCAGCGGUCAGGUGGUGGUGUCGGCAUCCACCCGUGAGUGGGCAAUCAAGAAGCACCUUUAUAGCACCCGGAACAUGGUGGCCUAUGAGAGUGUCGGUCACGUGCUGGCCAAGCGCUGCUUGGAAGCAGGAAUCAACUUUGUGUUCUACCAGCCCACACCUUGGGACACAGCGUCACAUUCGUUGAAACGGCUACAGAAUGCUCUGACAGAAGGUGGUCUGGUGCUUGAGGAGCCUCGAAGAAUCUAUGAAGGAAAACCGUGAAAGCAGAGUGACGGAUGAGUAAAUAACUCAGCUGUGGCAGUCCUCAGAAGAACCAUUACAGGGGCCGGAGAGAUAGCAUCUCGGUAGAGCGUUUGCCUUGCUUGCGGCCGGCCCAGGACAGACAGUGGUUUGAUUCCCGGCA